CUGGAGUAUUCGUUUUUUUACGCCUUUAAAUAGCUGCACCCCCCUCCUCUUUCUCUCUCCUCCGUUGAAACGCGUACUCCAAAUUCUCCAUUAGAGCGCCUUUAGAGCUUUCUCUCCUCCGUUGAAGCAAUUUCUAAGUGUUGUUAGCCUCACGAUAUGGGGAAGAGAAAGUCAAGAGCUAAGCCUCCUCCAAAGAAGAGCCUCAAACUUGAUACUGUUUUUAGCUGCCCCUUCUGCAAUCAUGGGACCAGUGUAGAAUGCCGCAUUGAUAUGAAGAACUUGAUAGGCGAAGCCCAAUGCAGGAUCUGUCAAGAGAGCUUCAGCACUUCAAUUACAGCUCUGACUGAACCGGUUGACAUAUACAGUGAAUGGAUUGACGAGUGUGAGCGAGUCAAUACUGUGGAAGAUGAUGCUGAAUAAUAAAAUUACAAAGGGCAAGAAGGCUGUUGUUCUGUCCAAUGAAAUAAUCGUCCCUUGCCCAUUGUUUAUGCUAUGGAUGUGCUGGAUUAGUGGAACCAUAACUACUAAAAUGUGGACUGUAUGUAAAACUUUGUAUUAUGGGAAAUUCAGCAUCUCAUGUUCAGUGACUACAGUAGGUCUUAGGUGCAGCAACUGGUUUGUUCUUGUAAGUUGUAAUAUAUGUCAUCUCGGUAGCAUGCUUUCUGAAUGUAACAUGACUAUAAUACUGAUCAGCCAAGAAUACUCUGAAGUCUGAACUAGAUGUUUGACCUUAUUUAAACUUUUUAUCAGU